ACUUUGACAUUUUUCACAGCAGUUACGUCGCCUGCGACUAUGGAAAGAAGGAAAAUGGCAUCUACCGGGAGAGUUCGAACAAUGUUGUCUUACGUCGUGCAGAACAGUAUUUAAAAAUAACAUUUAACUCUAGGAGAAAGAUUUCAGAGACCUUCCAGAUAUGGCGCUACCCAAAGAAUUAAUAUUUCAGAACCAGCUUCAGUUCAACUUGCAUGUUCCUCUCACCACUUCAAACAUUUCCACACAUUUUCACCGCCCAAAGCCCAUUGUAGUGGAGCGGCUUGCAGGCAAGGCAGAACAGGGUGCAGGCUUCCCAGUUAUACAUCUGAAGCAUAAAAUAUUUGGAAAAAACGAUUAUCCACCUUUGAAAGUCAAUGCGGAUGCACCUCAAACAACUUCAUUCCAAUUUUCCGCAUUGUCUGAAGACAGAUUGGCAGCAGCUGUGGAGCUUGCCAAGAGAGAUCUGAAAAAAAUGAAUAUGCAGCAAGUGAGUGUUAAAGAGCCUGAAGAUGGUCAGAGAAAGCAGGGCAAGAGUAAAAUUGUUGGUUCCUGUCAUCAAGAGAGGGUGGUUCAUGGACAAAAGUAUUGGGAAAGAUUGAAAAGCAAAACAAAAACAAAACCAGUCAAAGGACAAAAGAGUCAUGGUGUACAGAACUCAGGGAGAAUGAAAGCCAAGGAACAUGAUAAGAACAGAGAGCCAUGUGACUCAAGCACACAGACUCCAACUGGCAGCCCUCCAAGACAGGCGUUCCUAAGCAAUAAACCUGUUAGUACUCAACAAGAAAGAGCUGACAGUCCUCCAACAAGAGACACCCCUAGCCGAACAAAACUUGCUCGUGUGCCAAAGGAUGAAAUUGAGAAACUGCAGCUAGAGAUGGAGAUGUACUUGCAGCAGAUUGAGUCUGUGGAACGUCGCGCUUUGUCAGAACGCAGUACAGACUUCUUAAGAAGAGGUCAUCACUCAGGGUCUCGAGGAGGCAGUGAACUCCUGGAAGACGAAGGAGAAGAGCGAUGGCAAGUGAGGGCAGGGGAGCAAACUGCUCGGGCCUCUCGCAACAUUUACAACCUUCGCCAGCAGGUCAAGCAGAUUGAACGAGAUAUUCUCAUAGGUCCAUCCACCGCCAGAGCCACUAAAAAAAGUCAAGCAGCUGCUAGGCUAGCAGCGGCCCACCGAGGUGCUGUCAGAGCACUGCAGAUGUUUGUUAAUCAGCUUCCAUACCAAGAUCUUCGUGGUGGCCUUCCGUCACACUACCAUGAACUGUCCCUGUUGAUCCGUCAGCUAACCAUGCUCAGUGCCCAGAUUCCUCUGACUGAUCCUCAAACCAGCAAAGAGAGCAGGGAGAAAAAUGUGGGUGGAGUCGUCAAAGUCAGAAAAGAUAGUCAAGAAGGGAGUAGCAGAGAAGAAACGUCAGGCAUUCAGAAUGAUCUGAUGGCCAUGCUGGACCGAGUAGAGCAACUAAACUUGGACUGGUGUCGUGAGAUGAAGAGCCAUGAUCCUCAUUCUCCACGGAAGGGACAAAAGCCUCCAUUCAUCACAAACUUUAAUGCUGCCAAACAGCCCUUUGCUGUUGAAAAGGUGGCAGGGUUUCGGAGAAAUGAAUUUGGCAGAAAAGCCUUAUUGCAAGCUAGUGUUCGUGCUCUUUUGGGAAGUUUGGAGCAAGGUACUGGCAAACAUCUGCAGAAAAAUCAGAAGAAGAAAAGUCAGUCAAAGAAGAUGAAGGCAUGGGAUGUAGUGGCAAAAAAACGUUCGCCAUCAAAAAAACACCUGAUGCAACCUGGGAAGGCCAGGAGAAAGCAGAUGGCUUUGCAAGAUCAGCAACAACAACAGAAACACGUAGAAAUGAAUACUCAUUUUGCUGAUCCAACCAUCGCAGCCAGCUUGAAAUCAACAGCCCCAUUACAGAACCCUUUUACCAGUCAGCCUGGUCGCUCAUUAUCUGCUCCAUCAGAUCUACCUACCAGAAAGAAGGAAGAGCAUUUUUACUCCUCCUAUCCUGGCGCACAGCGAAGAUCAAGCAGCCGCUGCUCACUCAGUUCCCAGUCAGGUCGCAGUCAGUCUCACAGCCCAAGGCGCAAGCAAGACAGGUCAAGAAGUCCAAGCCCUACAUGUACAGACGAAGAUCAAAGUCCACAGGGGCAGAGACAAAGGUUCUUUGUUCGAGAUGCUGACAAUGAACUGAUAGAUGAGCUGUUUCCAAGACAGAAGAUUUUACGACAGAGUCGAAAGAAGUCAAAAGAGCAGGAUUCCAGUGGGAAAAGCUUUUUAAAAAGAGCAGAGGUAUCAGAGUCCUUUAUUUCUGAAGUUGAGCAAAGGGUGAUAAAUCGUUUGAAGCCACUGUUAGAUGAGUCGAAAGAUCAUGGCAGACAAAGCGAUGACGAGAGACAGAGGCUGGCAGAGAUGAUAUUUGACGAUGUGGUAGAAGAAGCAACACAGGAACUGCAGGCCAUGGAAAAGAAGGAAAGAGUGAAUAGGAGUGCUGCUUACCUUCUGGAUAACCCAACGCUGGAAAACAUCCACCAGCGCCUCAAGGAGAUGGAGAAAGAGCAUCUUGAAAUUCGACAAAGGUGGGCAUCUAUAAAUUAUCAUGACUCUGUUCCAACUCGACGCUGGAAACCUUCAGAAAAUUUGACCCGAUCUAGUCAGCCCAGAGAACCCACAGCCUUUGAGGUGACCAGAAUGCCAUCAGUGAAGACAAGUAUUCCAUGCCAGAGAUAUCCUGAUGAACUGGUGGAAGAGCCGUUACUGUUCACCAAAGAAUCGAAGGUGGUGCAGCCUUAUGUGACAUUUGAAGAACAGCGUACAAUGCAGCAAGGAAGACCUACCUUGGUAACUGAGGGACCACCUCUGUCCUCAGCAUCUAAGAUCACCCCAAGACCCAGGAAGAAUCUCAGCAUGAAGCAAGCGGUUGUGGAGAAAAUCUACGACCAUGCAGAACGCUUUGAUUAUUUCCAGAAAGGUUUAAAGCAUCACCUGGGCAGGAAAGAGGGCUGGCGUGUAGUUGAGAGCCUGGCAGAUCAGAUUUUAGAUGACUGCAUCAAGGAUGUUGCAGCAGAGGUGGAAAAUAUCAGCUCUGCAAUGGCUGACCACAUCUACACUUCAGAAUUCAUGGAUCAGAGUGGUCUUCCAUUAGCACCACCCGAGCUUGCUGCUGAUUUCAUAGGUGGAGGAUCAGCAGCUCAGAAUCUUCGAGACUCGGCUGCAGCUAUGUACGAGGUGGAAGAAACUUUUGCUAGGAUGGAAUUAAGUUCAGAGCGCCUUCAACACAUUGCUUCCCCAGAGCCCAGGGACGGUACUUCGCCGGUGAAUCCCAUUUCUCUGAGAAAUGUUUUUGAUGCCACAGCUCUCUUUGAAGCAUCGGCCAAUGCUUCAAGGACUGAAGACAUGCCAGCACAUGUAAACAAGAGCAAAGAUGAUGAUACCCAGGUUGUUGAUUAUGAUGAUGAUUUUUCAGACUUAACUGAUGAAGAAGAUGAAACCGAUGAUGAGGCGUCAAAUCCCAGUCCUUGAAACUGUUUUAUCACUUAGCCCUUCCUUUCUGUUAUAAAGUAUUGUAGUAAAGUGUAAUAUACUUGGAACAUAUCCAAGCAUGAAGAAAUUUUGUAUCCUUACUUGGGAUACAGGGAUACUCGGCUAGUAUAUCUAUGAGCUAAUUUUAACAAUGCAAUAAUUUCAAAUAGCAAUCAUAGUCAAAAGAAAGAUAUAGGCAAAGCAGAGCUAAACACAAAAUUAUAGAUUGAGUAAAACGAUAGCUGAGUGGCUAGAGCAGUGGUGUCUGGAAGUGGAGGUGUUAUGAUUCAAUAUAUGGGUGGUGCAGUGAACUUCCAUCAGUUCACCUGAUUGUUAGGACUAGGUACCCGACUCCAUAGAGGGUUAAGGAAAGGGAAAGCAGUGAGUGGGAAAUAUUGACACCACCCAAAGAAAGCUGGCCUCAAGAAAAAAUGAUCUUCAAUGCCUUGUCACUAAGUGGGUCGGGAUUAAUCGAUACCUUUUUUUAAAAAAUAGAUUGUUCAGUAUGGUGUAAACUUUGAGACUAAAAGAAAUUCUAUGUCAGUUGUCAUUGUUGAAAGAAAAAACGUUUGCUGAAAUAGUGUUUGAAAAUUGAUGGUACUAUAACACUUGUAUAAAAAUUUAAAACUUAACUUAUUAUUUUUUCAUUACUUUGGGAAGAGCAGCAGAUUAAAAAUAAAUUCUGGCAAAGAA